AUGUCGUUGAUGAAAAUUGGUUGCCCUGAGCCCAUGGACUACAUUGCUGGCCAGAGUGAAUUUAUUGUCGAGACAAUUGCAACUCAUUCUGAAUAUUUGAAAAAUACAGCCUUCAGUGAAUUUUCUCCGACUUGUUCAAUGCCGAUUGAAAAGUCAAAAGAUGAAGAUACUCGUAUGAAGGAAGCAAUAAUUAAACGGGAUUAUAUGCGAUACACUGUCCAAGACAAAGUUAGGUUUUUCGAUCUGAAGAUUAAAAGGCGUAUGAGUGCCUCAGCUGCAGCAAAUCAAUUGGAGAUAUACAUUCGAACGGCCUGCAACAGAGUGGCCUACACAGCAUAUAUUCGAAAAGUGCUGGUUGUCUUUAAAGAAAGAACGGAGUUAUGCAAUAAGCGACCCUAUACAGUCUACUCUGAUGAAGACAAGGCUAGAUGCUUUCAUUUAUUUUUCAGCAAAUGCUUGAAUGCUUCUGCUGUUGUAACUGAAGUAGCAGAAAGUUUAACGCAAAACUUUGCGGAUCUUAAUGUUUCUCGUAGCACUAUUUCUAACUUCAUGACAACCGAGUGCAAUCUAUCUAUUAAGCAGGCACAAUUCCAGUCAGUAGAAAGAAACAGUGAAGAAAAGAUUCAACAAAGAUACGAUUGGGUACAAAAAUGGUAGCAACCUGGCUUGAAUUUCACAAAAAAUUGCGCCUUUCAAUUAAGCAGUUCUGGUCAGUUGUCAAGAGCAAGGUUAAGCGAAAUAAGUUCCUAGAAAAAGAAUCGCUCAUGACUAGAACUAGUGAGGCUUGCGAUAGCUUGUAUCUAAGUGAUUUCAAAGGCUUUAUUUCUCAUCCUGCUAAAUGUUUUGGUAAGUAUCUCAACAAAGAAAGAUUAUGAACAAUGUAGAGUAGGUGAGAGACGUUAUGGUGAAAAAGCUCCAG